AUGUCUCCUUCUAUGAAAUCGAAAUCCAAACGCAAGGUUGGUAAGGAUCAAAGGAAUACCACUCCAACCACUAAUGGCACUCCUGCUACGGCAUAUAAUCCAGUUUCGGGUACACAUCGUUCCCUGGAAACAACGAAAGUUUCCAGUGACAACAGCCAUUUCCAAAAGAUAGGUGACACAUAUGAGCAUCCAAGUAGUCUUCAAGGGACAGUGUCUGAGAUUGACUUGGUUUCUAACAAUGAUAACUUCUCUGGUGAAUCAGAAGACCCUAAAGAGAAAGUAGGAAACAUUCGGCAGGAUAGUGUUCCGGGUUCUGGCAAUGACCGAAGGGAAAAGAUUCGGCUGAAGAAUGAGAGAAAACACCAGCGCCAGAGGGAAAGGAGAGCUCAAGACCUGCAUAACCGAUGUUGUGGGUAUCUGAUGUCCAGGAAACUAGAAUCACAUGUACAACUCUUAGUGUCAAUGGGGUUCUCUUCCGAUCGAGCAAUGUUGGCCUUAAUGUUAAAUGAUGGGAAAGUAGAGGAAUCAGUAUCCUGGCUGUUUGAAGCAAGUGAAGCACACACCAGGAGUAUUUCCAAUGUUGGACUCACUGCUAAUUUGAAAAUUGAUGUAAGUCAGGAGCUUGUGCAGAUAUCUGACAUGGAGACGAGGUAUAAUUGUUCUAAGCAAGAAGUUGAAAGGUUAGUUGUUGCCUGUGAAGGUGAUCUUCUUAAGGCAGAAGAUACUUUAAAAUCUCAGAACCAAGAAUCUUCUUCAGUGACCCAGUUGAAGCCAGAAGAAGAGUCUGCUCAAAUCAAUGAUCUGAUGAGAUUACAAGGGUUUCCAUCUGUUCCAGUUUCAACCCAACCAAGACAAAACGAAGGUGAUUUCAACAACACGAGUGCACUUUCACUCUCUCAGUUCCACCUUCCCUUGCACUGCUUUCUGGUCAGAGUGCAGCCAGAACAUUCAACUCAUCAUUCACUUGAUGAUUGGAACUCUGGGGGCAUGAUGCCUCAACUCAACUGCAUCAGUGCAUUAAAGGGUAGGAAUACUCCAUCUUUUAGUGGCUUGAGAAUGUGGACAUUCCUUUUGAAGGGAAUGACAUAUUCACUUAUAAAUUUUGUCACCUCUCCUCUUAUGAGACUAUAG